CCCGUGACUUGUUGCGGAAGAAAACCUCCAUACACAAAACACGGGAUUAGCGUCACAGCUUCUUGUUUUAUCUUGUUUGCUAUUUUUUAGAUCUCAGAAUGGACGGAAAUGUAAAAUCCUCUUUAGACGCUUCAGCGGGACCACCACCUUACUCCAGAGGGAAUGAGGGUUCCCUGGUCUCUGCCCUCAAGACAUUGCUGUUUUUUACUAUCCUCAUGGUCACGCUGCCCAUUGGACUGUACUUCGCUUCAAAGGCUUACAUCUUUGAAGGUUCAAUGAAGAUGUCCAGUUCUGACAGUUACUUCUAUGCUGCCAUUGUUGCUGUUCUUGCUGUGCAUGUGGUGUUGGCUCUAUUCGUAUAUGUGGCCUGGAACGAAGGCGCGCCCAAAGGGAAAGGCAAACAUGAUUAAAACUGUUAUUAUCAGCCAGAAGGAGCGACAUGGUAUGGAUCAUGUAACCUCCCGCUGAGGACUCCAGCAGUAAACCUAUUAUAGCUGUCCAGAGAGCUCAAAGAUCUGGUUUGUAUAGGCUUUAGCGGCCUAGUUAAAGUAGCAAAACACAGUGGAGUCUUCACUGAUUUUGCGUCAUUUGACCAUUGUCCUUGAAUUUGAGAGUCUGAUUGCUCUUCUGUCCUGCUGCUGUAAAAGGCUGUGCAGUGACAAACUUAUUAUUCUAAGUGGGAUUUGUGGAGAUAAUAUAAUGUCUGAAGACAGUUACAAAUCAUCAGUUUAACAAUUUAACUUAAUAAAAAUACAGACACACCAAACCAUUCUUCAUGCCACAUUGACACACAUUAGAAUAAUUAGUCUGGCUUCAGUUUUGUGAAAUAGUUAGUACACGGAAGAAUGAGAUGAGCCAAAUGAUCCCAUAUAGCAGGGUUCUCCAACCUUUCUUCCCCUGGAGAGCUCUGUUUACAAAAUGAAAAUGGCAGAGCUACUCUUUUUAGUUGUCACAAAAAUCAAGUCUCCCUAAAACAUCAGCUAUUAUUUAUUAGUGCCCAAAGUUUGACAUCUAAAGUAUACAUUUCCCAUUGUAAUUGGCAUGUGAUGAAUCCAAUUUGAAUUAUUCAGCAAUUUGAAAGGCUGUGGACAGCUACUGGUGUGAGAUCCCUGUUAUAUAGACUUAUUUUGUGCAGUUUAUCAUACUAAAAUAAAUUCAGGCAUGAAAAAAAAUGGUGAAGGCAACCAUAGUAGAUAUAAAAUGUUAUUUUUUAAAUUAUCAUUGGAUUUAUUUUGGUGGAAAGUCUAACUUCUAACAGACUCCUGUGCUAAAUUACAAUGAUCUAGAAUCUAGAAGAGUUUGCAUAAUAUGUCAGAAUAUUACAAUUUGUUUUGUUAUGGACUAAAACUCCAAAUAUAAGACAUCCACAAGGGUUUGAUAACUUUUUCACAUGACUACUGUGUUGUGUUAUCAUAGAAAAUGAAACAAAAAUGCAUUUUAAUGCAGUGUAUUGUGUACUGUUUAUUUAAGUCAGUUUAGUUAAAUUGUAUAGUUGAGUGCUGAGUAAAUGUGAAUAAAAUUACAUAAUUUCUUUUUUUUUUAAAUGCAGUGAAAACCACUGUUGUACAUUUGUGAAUCUACAAUAACACUUGAUACAAUGUUUGUUACUUAUGGAUUAUGGAUUGCCAUAAUUGAGUGAUGUGUAGGAAAUUAUAUCCCUUAAAAACCCACUGAUACAACAAAAUGCCAUGCAACCAUGUUUGUUGUGCACUGGAGCACAACAAACAUGGUUUACCUAAAACAUGAUGCCUGAAUUACAAAAUAAUUAUAAUAAUGGAAAACUCACGGGUACUUAUGGGUCUUAUGACCCAAUUAACUAUUCUCAUUAUUUUCUUAUUUGAAUUUGAAAAGUUGUACAUAUGAAUAACAAAAUAUCUUUGUUUCCUUAAGGUUUAAAAAUGUUUGUUUAUGUUUUUCCCAUAAUCUGACCUAGUCAAAAGCAAACUAAUGAAACUGACACACUUUUGAGAGCAUGUGCGCUUAAUUCUUUUGUGCAGAGAGAUUGAUUGGUCACACGGUGGCAGCACACAGCCUGUUCCCAUCGCUGGGACAGCACAAGCACAACCACAGAGCCAACAGAACAACUGACAGAUGCCAGGCUUUAAUGGCGUUUUCUGCCUCAGAAACCAUGUCAGCAGCUGAUUUCAGUUUGUUUUUCCUGUUUGCGUGAGUCUCUUUUCAACAACUCCCAGUGCAGCAAACAGCUCCAGUAAUCAGCACGUACUCAAUAGGACAGGAAGUCACACAGCCUGGUUUUGAGCGUAGACUGUAUACAGGCUACAGUCUGUGGGUUAAAGUGAGGAGGUGACGGCCCUAGUGAUGAGUCAGUCAACAAACGGUGAUGCAUUCGUUUUCCUUUAAUUUAACUAAUCUCCAAAACUGCACAAGAUAUAGAUAUAAUAGAUAGAUCUCAUAUCAAUAACACUAGCUGUAGAAUUUAUUUUAAUCUCACGCGUUAUUUAGUUUAUGUAGCUCAUUCUAAUCAGCAUUUUCCCCAUAAUGUCCAGCAGAUGGCCCCCUUACCAAAUGGAAUGUCUACAAUAAAAGACUGCAGAGAAGACUUAACACUCAGCAAUCGGCUUUGAUUCCUUCUAUUCUAUUAAUUAUUCUCCUCUUGUAAUGUUUUUAAUAUUUAACUGUGGUGCCAAAAAACAAGCAUUUGGAACAAGUCUUGGUAUUGGUUAUAACGCUACUAAUUAUACCUUUAGUAAGCACAGACACGGUUUCACUUAGUCAGAUGGGGGGAAAAAACUUUACAACUCUGAUAAAUAAAGAGCAAUGUAAAGUGUCUUUCAUUUGGUUUUGUGAGUUUCAUUCAUGCCAAGACUGACCCAGGUAGAUGUAUAUAAUGGCCAGUUUGUUUACAGACGGGUGGUGUUCCCAAUAAAUGCAGUGAAAUAUGCCGUGUCUUCUAUAAUAGUCCAACAUUUUGAUACAGUUGACAUUUUUGGCCUCAGACAAGAAGAUUUGAUUUCAAAGUGCUGGAUAUACACACAUAACCAUUACUCACUUGUGCUCACCUGUCAGCAUAAAAGUGUCACCUUUCCAACAGAUGACCACAUAUAUACUGACUGUAUAGGCUACAUUGUGUAUCUUUUAGAUAGCUUUUCUUAAUGUUACUGUGUUUGCUCUACUAAAAGAGAUUAAUGGGGUUACACAUUUCAUAGAACAAUGCCAGCCAUUUCAUCUUGUUAGACUAUCAUUUGUUUUCUCAAAUGACAAAGAAAAUGUAAAAUGUGUUGUUUUUGGCACUGGACUAAAAUAAAUUGGCAUGUUCAGACUGA